AUGGAUAAUUACACAGACAGAAAAUUGCCUGAACCAAUGAUCAGAGACUUCACGCGUAUGAUUCUCCAAGGUUUGGUCUCCAUUCACGGUCACGGUUACGUUCACUGCGAUCUCAAAUCCGACAAUCUACUUGUCUUCCCCUUGGGAGAUUCUUCUUACGAGUUGAAGAUUUCUGACUUUGGAAACUCUUUAGAAGUCGGACAAGUUCCUGAUUACUGGGAGAUCGAUUUCCCGUUUGUUGGAACGCCUAUUUACAUGCCUCCGGAGUCUUUCCACAACGGAGUCGCCGAGAAAACCCUAGAUUUGUGGUCGUUAGGGUGCUUGUUGGAGAUGUAUACAGGUCAGAUUCCAUGGAAAGGGGUUGGUAUUGAUGAUCUCGUGCCUCUUCUGUUUGAUGGUAAAGCUCCAGAGAUUCCAGAGAGUGUGCCUUGCGAUGCAAGGGAGUUUAUUGAAACGUGUUUCGCAAGAAACCCUGAGGACAGAGGAAACGCGUCUGAGUUGUUGUUUCAUCGGUUUCUGCGUCCAGAAGAGGAGAAGACGGAGGAGAAAAUUACUGCCGUCUCCGUCGCUCAAGAGACGACAAGAAAUUCGUUGCUUUUGAAGUUGAAGUUGAAGUUGAGAAUCAGACGAGCUUUGAAGAAAUCCAUGGAUAUUCCAGAGAAGCCCCUGAAAUCGAAGAAUGUUCUUCUGUCUAAGCCCCCACAGUUUAAGAAAAUUUGGAAUAAACUCUUGAGGUUGAAGAUCAUGCCUAUGAAACCCUCUGCUUCCAAUUUAGUUUCUGUUCAGUAA